AUGGUGAUUCUUUGGAGUAUCUUGAUCUUCCCAAUUCUAGUCUCUGCUGGGCAGAUACCUCGAAGCGCAAUAUCUCAGAAAUUCACGUCUGCCACAGUCCUCCAACAUCCAUUGCUCCACCGCCGGAUGGCGAUGCAAGCCGCUCACAAUGCCAUACUCAUUGAGGAUAGCGCAGGGGGACUCAAUCAAGCAGCCAAAGUAUCAGGGCUUGUCAGAGAUGGUGCUGAUAUCGCAACUCUUGGGGGAAAACCUUUGGAAAACGCUCAAGCCAACGUCGAUAUAAUUAAUCCUUCGCUCAAAACAUCACAUAUCCCGGAUACAACUCAUUUAGAUAUCCAACACGCUGCCAAAAACCCGAUAGGCGAUGGAAAGCAUGUUCAAGGAGAUCAAGCAUCAUCACUUAACUCGGUCAAGACACCUGAAAAAGUUACAAAAGGUGGUGAACCUUCAACGGCUCAACUGGCGCAAGGAGACAGCCCGAAAUCAGAUGCCCCUUUCACCACAAUUCAGGCCUCACAAUAUUCCAGAUCUCCAUCUCCUUCGACUUCUUCGGGACAACUUGAAGAAGGUUCGACUGACCCAUGUCUCUUGAGGCGGUAUCGUAGAAAGCGUGGCAUUCCGCCUUGUAUACUUGGAAUGUCAUACCCUCCACCUGAUGUUCCAAAUCAUCCAGCCAAAUUUCCCGAGAAUGGACAACAUGCUCGGCUCGAUGAACCACCAAUGGUCAAACCGACUCUCCGUUCAAAGCUCUCCACCUUCGCUCGUACUCCUCCAACCGUUUCGAUCAAAAACAGCGCCAAGAAAGUUGGAAAACAUUCUGCGGGGCUAUUCAAGAGUGCCGUUGGUUUAACAGCAGCUACAUUUUAUUUAGCUGCUAAGCCCUUUAUCAUCGGGGGGAAAUGGGUCGGAUGGGCCAUUGGAAGAACCGCAAAAGCUACUAUAGUGGUCACAGGAAAAGGUUUAAGGCUAUUUUACAAGGGCGCCAAGACUUCUGGUGCAGCAACCGCAACAGGUGUUGUAAAGACAGCUAAAUUUGGAGUGAAAGCUGCAAAGGUUGGUGCAAAGGCUGUUGCAAGUGUUGGAAUAUUGACGGCCAUGGGAGUUUUGGGUGGUGUUCGGCUAGUGGGGAAAGGGGUAAUUGGCGUUAUGAAAUUGCUUGCACGAAUAGCAAAGAUGACACUUAGAGGGACUGGACAUCUAUUGGCCAAAACUGGGGAGGGACUAGGGAAAGCUGGCCAUAAAUUGAAAAACAUUCAACGGCUAAGAUUGGCGUGA